AUGAUCAAGCCGUUUGACCUCCGCAUCCAGCACGGCAUCGCCGGCGGCUUCGCGCCCCCGAACCCUUCCGCGGUACAUAACUUCCACCUGGACUCUGGUGCACCCACGAUCACGCUUUCUUCAAUGGUGCGGCCAGACGGAACACCAUUACUCCAGCCAUACCCUCAAAAGUUCAUCUACGUCAGAUUCAACGAGACGCCUGCGUUGGUGGAAGAACUGGAGUCGCUCCUCAAAGGGCUGCCGACGGAGGGUGGAGGAGACUUCUACGGGAAGGAUGUCGGGAUCAUGUACCAGAGCGAGAGCCUGCGCUGGAUGAACACGAUGGACACGGCACCACAGGGGUGCAACGUUGACUGGAUGGAGAGCGACGUGAAGCCCAGUAGAGAGCAGAAGAAGCACUUCGAGCGUGCGAUCGAGAUCGUGGACAUAUUGGAGAAGCGCGGCAAGCUGGAGUGA